AUGGAUAAAUCAAAACUCGAUAUUUAUUCAGACAUCAAGUCUAAAACUGUCAAUGAAGCAACUACUGCGUUGAGAGACAUUGAUACAAAAAUCGAUGCGUAUAAUAAACUCUCAGAUGAUAUGGAUGAACUCAGGCAAAGAUCAUAUGUUGAAACAAUGGUUCCUAUCAAUAAAGUUGCCUUCUUUAAGGGUCAUCUGAAGCAUCAGAAUGAGAUCCUUGUGUUUUUAGGCAAUAAUUACUUCGUUGAGAGGACUGUAGAUGAGUGUAAACCUAUCAUUCAGAGAAGAAUUGACCUUCUCCAAAGCGACAGGAAAGAAUUUGCCCAAGUUGCUGAAGAAGAAUCCCAAAAAUCUUCCACAGCAAAUCAGUUAUUGAAAGAGGAACAAAAAGAUGAUGCAACAAAUAGGUGGAAUGAUGACGGCACCCUUGAAAUCAGAGAAAGCAUUGAACCCUCACAAGUUGAAGAGACUAAAGAACAGCAAGCAGAAGAAGUAACUGAAGAUUUAGAAGAAAUUGACUUAACUGAAGAACAACUAGAGGCAAAGAGGGAACAAGAAUACAAGCAAAUGGUUCAGACUAAUCCUGAAUUGCAGAGGAGAAAGAAAGCUCUUGAAGAGAAAAUGAAGCAGAUGGGAAUGUUCUUCUCUAAAGAAGACCCUGAAGGCCCUGUAGAACAAGAAGAGCAGGAAGAAGAUAAAAUACAAGAACCUAUAAGUGAAAAGCAACCUGAAGAAGUUACUGAACCAAAGAAAAAUGCCUUAGCUAAUGAUUCUGUAUUUGGAGCAAUCAUGGAAAGAAACAUUGAUGAAGUACCUGCUAACACAUCGAGCCAAGUGCAAGAUGGAGACUCUCAGCCUAAGAAGAUGUCUAAGUUCAAACAAAGGCAGCUCAGAAAUAAGAGAUAA